AAUAUAUAUCUAUAACUCUUAGGGUGUGUGUGUGAAUGAACAGUUCCAUGCUGAAUAUAAAGGCGUGGAAGACUAUUGUGUUUGUCCGUCUUACUGGUCCCAAAGGCAUGAUGCUAUUUCCAAGUGUGUGUCUCGUGAGUCUGCUGAGUUCGUCCUUGGCUGCACCCUUCAGUCGUAGCACAGGCGAAGAACUGCUGGCGGCCCUUGGGACUGGGGUCAGCACAGGACUUGGAGGGGCACUCCAUGCUGGGGCCGAGACUGCCGCCAACCUUGCUGUCCACGAGGUCACAUCACUCUUGUCAAAUGCUCUUACAAGUAUCCUGGGCAAACGCGACAUCAUAAGUCUGCAACCAUUGGAACAAGACCUGAAGACAUCUAUAGCAACUGCCAUCACAACGGAAAUUGAAGGACUGAGCAACAUUCUUGGAAAGAGUGAUUUAGAGACCGAUAUUGUCAGCAGUCUUCAACAACUAUUGGAAAGCACCAUAACGAAGGGAGUUGAAACAUUUUUGUCAGACCUCAAGGUUAAGAGAAGUAAGAUGGGAGAUGAGCUCCUUGCUGCUCUGACUCCAGAAAUAUCGCAGGCUGCAGCAACCAUCGCCGCCUCAGCACUCACUCCUCUCACAACAGCACUGAGCAGCGGACUUUCUUCACUGACCAGUGGAGCAGUGAGUGGUAUCACACACGUCCUGUCAUCUAUUUUCGGCUGAAAAGAAUAUAGUUUCUUGUGUGUAUUACAAAUAGUAAACAUGCGAGUCACAA